CCAGGGAGGAGGCAUGAGAGCCCUGCCGUUACCGCUUCUCCUGCCGUACAGUUGCCACCUCGAGGCCUAGCUCUGGCUCUUUGGAUCGGCUCCUGUGGGAAGGAGUCAUAAAGAGGGAAGCGAAGACUGGACACUGCCUUGCAUUUGGUUUGCAUUGGAAGAACUAACCCAAGAGGAAGAGAAUAGGGGGGAAGGGGGAGGUAGUCUCAAGAUGGCGGCUCCCAGGGCAACAGGCGCAGCCUGAGCAGGAGACGAACUCAACGGAGAGGUGCAAGACCUCACGACCUGUACGGCCUGUGCUCUCGGGAAGUCCCUGACAGAUCGGUCUGGUUGCCUUGGCUUUGGGCGCGCCUCCAUUCCUUAGGAGUGUCGAGGUUGUUUGGGGAGUGGCGGCUCUACUAACUGCUGGGCGGGGAAGCGGGACGGUCUCAAGAUGGCGACUCCCACAAUUGUGGUUUAAGCGCCGGCGGGGUUGGGACGAUCACGGCGUUUGUGGCUCCUUUCCACCCGCCCCGGAAGCCAGCCAGUGCUGAGCACUUGGGGGUGUGGGAACCGGGCCGGGGCUCCGCCAUUUCCGGCGGGGGAGGGAUACGACUGAGGAAGGGAGGAGAGAGAGGCGUCUCAAGAUGGCGGCUCCCAGAGCCUCUCGUCCGAGCUUGUAAGCCGGAGGAUCCAGGCAAAUAGUCAGGGCGGCGGGACUCAGUGGCCUCCAGCUUUUUGGGCCUAGGUGCUCGACAGUUCCGGGAAUCUUGCGAGAAGACCGGGCGAGCGAGAAGAAGGGGAAGAGCCAAAGGGUAGGGGGGUAGUUAAGAUGGCGGCCUCCAUGGAGUCGUCUACCGCGGUGUGAACAGCCGCUUCUCCGUGAGAGCUGCCUUAGACCAAAGGGGGUGUGUGUUCGGAAUUGAGGGUCUCCCUUCCUGCUCGGCAACUUCGUUCCACCUCACCCUUUCCUGUAACCAUGGCUUCGGCCGUGUCGCCCGCCAACUCGCCAGCGGUGCUCUUACAGCCCCGCUGGAAGCGAGUGGUGGGCUGGUCGGGUCCCGUGCCCCGACCCCGCCACGGCCAUCGAGCCGUGGCCAUCAAGGAGCUCAUCGUGGUAUUUGGCGGCGGCAAUGAAGGGAUAGUGGACGAACUGCACGUGUAUAACACGGCAACCAACCAGUGGUUCAUCCCAGCUGUGCGAGGGGACAUCCCUCCAGGGUGUGCAGCCUAUGGCUUCGUGUGUGACGGUACUCGCCUGCUAGUGUUUGGUGGGAUGGUGGAAUAUGGGAAAUACAGCAACGACCUCUACGAGCUGCAGGCGAGCCGAUGGGAGUGGAAGAGACUCAAAGCAAAGACACCCAAAAAUGGACCCCCUCCGUGCCCUCGGCUUGGGCACAGCUUCUCCCUUGUGGGCAACAAAUGCUACCUGUUUGGGGGUCUGGCCAAUGAUAGUGAAGACCCCAAGAACAACAUUCCAAGGUACCUGAAUGAUUUAUAUAUCCUGGAAUUACGACCAGGCUCCGGAGUGGUAGCCUGGGACAUCCCCAUCACUUACGGGGUCCUUCCCCCACCACGGGAGUCUCAUACUGCUGUGGUCUACACUGAGAAAGAUAAUAAGAAAUCCAAGCUGGUGAUCUAUGGAGGGAUGAGUGGCUGCAGGCUGGGGGACCUCUGGACCCUGGACAUUGAGACGCUGACAUGGAACAAGCCUAGCCUCAGUGGGGUGGCACCCCUUCCUCGCAGUCUCCACUCUGCAACUACUAUAGGAAACAAAAUGUACGUGUUUGGUGGCUGGGUGCCUCUUGUCAUGGAUGAUGUCAAAGUGGCUACACACGAGAAGGAGUGGAAGUGCACCAACACGCUGGCUUGUCUCAACCUGGAUACCAUGGCCUGGGAAACCAUUCUGAUGGACACACUGGAGGACAACAUUCCCCGGGCCCGUGCUGGCCACUGUGCAGUCGCCAUCAACACCCGCCUGUACAUUUGGAGUGGGCGCGACGGCUACCGCAAGGCAUGGAAUAACCAAGUAUGCUGCAAGGACCUCUGGUACCUGGAGACAGAAAAGCCACCGCCCCCAGCCCGAGUACAACUGGUACGAGCUAAUACCAACUCUCUGGAGGUGAGCUGGGGGGCAGUGGCAACAGCCGACAGUUACCUUCUUCAGCUCCAGAAAUAUGACAUUCCUGCCACGGCUGCUACCGCCACCUCCCCCACACCCAAUCCAGUCCCAUCCGUGCCUGCCAACCCUCCCAAGAGCCCUGCCCCAGCAGCAGCUGCCCCUGCUGUACAGCCACUGACCCAAGUAGGCAUCACGCUCCUGCCCCAAGCUGCUGCUGCCGCUGCCGCUGCCGCCGCCGCACCCCCGACCACUACCACUAUCCAGGUUUUGCCCACCGUGCCAGGCAGCUCCAUUGCUGUGCCCACCGCAGCCAGGACUCAAGGUGUCCCUGCUGUUCUCAAAGUGACUGGACCUCAGGCCACUGCAGGAACCCCAUUGGUCACUAUGCGGCCUGCCAGUCAAGCUGGAAAAGCCCCUGUUACUGUGACCUCCCUGCCUGCUGGUGUACGAAUGGUUGUGCCCACACAGAGUGCCCAGGGGACGGUGAUUGGCAGCAACCCACAGAUGAGUGGAAUGGCUGCCCUAGCAGCUGCUGCCGCCGCCACCCAGAAAAUCCCCCCUUCCUCGGCACCCACUGUGCUGAGUGUCCCAGCGGGGACCACCAUUGUCAAGACUGUGGCUGUCACACCUGGCACGACCACCCUCCCGGCCACUGUGAAGGUGGCCUCCUCCCCUGUCAUGGUGAGCAACCCAGCCACUCGCAUGCUGAAGACCGCAGCUGCCCAAGUGGGCACAUCUGUGUCCUCUGCAGCUAACACAUCUACCCGCCCUAUCAUCACGGUACACAAGUCUGGAACAGUGACGGUGGCUCAGCAAGCCCAAGUAGUGACCACGGUAGUGGGCGGUGUCACCAAGACCAUCACCCUGGUGAAAAGCCCUAUCUCUGUCCCAGGAGGCAGUGCUCUGAUUUCCAAUCUGGGGAAAGUGAUGUCAGUGGUCCAGACCAAACCAGUUCAGACUUCAGCUGUUACUGGCCAAGCGUCUACAGGCCCCGUGACUCAGAUCAUCCAGACCAAAGGGCCCCUGCCAGCAGGGACAAUCCUGAAGCUGGUGACCUCAGCCGAUGGCAAGCCCACCACCAUUAUCACCACCACUCAGGCCAGUGGGGCCGGGACCAAGCCCACCAUCUUGGGCAUUAGCAGCGUCUCCCCCAGCACCACCAAACCCGGCACGACCACCAUUAUCAAGACCAUCCCCAUGUCGGCCAUCAUCACCCAAGCGGGUGCCACAGGCGUGACCAGCACUCCCGGCAUCAAGUCCCCCAUCACCAUCAUCACCACCAAAGUUAUGACUUCGGGGACUGGAACACCCGCCAAGAUCAUCACCGCGGUUCCCAAGAUUGCUACAGGCCACGGGCAGCAAGGAGUGACCCAGGUGGUGCUAAAGGGGGCCCCUGGACAGCCAGGCACCAUCCUCCGCACCGUGCCCAUGGGCGGCGUUCGCCUGGUCACCCCAGUCACCGUCUCCGCUGUCAAGCCAGCCGUCACCACAUUGGUUGUGAAGGGCACCACAGGUGUCACAACCCUAGGCACAGUGACGGGUACCGUCUCUACCAGCCUCGCUGGCGCUGGGGCCCACAGCACCAGCGCCUCCCUGGCUACACCCAUUACCACCCUGGGCACCAUUGCCACCCUCUCGAGUCAGGUGAUCAAUCCUACUGCCAUCACUGUGUCUGCGGCCCAGACUACCUUGACAGCUGCCGGCGGCCUCACCACCCCCACCAUCACCAUGCAGCCCGUGUCUCAGCCUACCCAGGUGACUUUGAUCACGGCACCCAGUGGAGUGGAGGCCCAGCCCGUGCAUGACCUUCCUGUGUCCAUUCUGGCCUCACCUACGACAGAACAGCCCACGGCCACGGUCACCAUUGCUGACUCGGGGCAAGGGGAUGUGCAGCCUGGCACGGUGACCCUGGUGUGCUCCAACCCGCCCUGCGAGACGCACGAGACGGGCACCACCAACACCGCCACCACCACCGUGGUGGCUAACCUUGGGGGCCACCCCCAGCCUACCCAAGUGCAGUUUGUUUGUGACAGACAGGAAGCAGCUUCACUCGUGACCUCUGCCGUGGGCCAGCAGAAUGGCAGUGUGGUCCGCGUCUGCUCCAAUCCGCCCUGUGAGACCCACGAGACAGGCACCACCAACACAGCCACCACAGCCACGUCCAACCUAGCCGGGCAGCAUGGCUGCUCCAACCCGCCCUGCGAGACCCACGAGACGGGCACCACCAGCACUGCCACCACAGCCAUGUCCAACAUGGGGGCCCGGCAGCAGCGAGACGCCCGUCGCGCCUCGGGCACCCCCACUCUGGUCCGCAUCGCUGUGGCUCCUGGGGUGUCAGAGGGAGCCCCGGGCGCUGUCAAGCCUCCGUGCCAAGCCCGCCAGAUGUGCGCAACAAGCACCACCGUGACUGUGAUGGCCACCGGGGGCCCGCGCUCAGCCGGGCCCAUGCUCAGGCCCAGCGCUGCCCUGGAGGCUGCGGCCCACAGCCCUGUUUUUGUGCAACCCGCCCCUCCAGGCAGCAGCAAAGCCAGCCUGAGCGCUCCCGGCAGCAAGGACGUGCUCCUCGGGUGCCAGCUGGAGCCCCAUCCCACCUACACCUCCAACGCCCCGACUGUGGCCCUCCCCGUGAUGGGGGCCGGGGAGCCUGGCACCGUGCUGGGCAUCCCCGCGCCCCUGUACGAGAGCCUGCACCCAGGAGCGCCCAGCACCACCAUGACUGUGACGGCCCUGGAGGCGCUGCUGUGCCCCUCGGCCACCGUGACCCAAGUGUGCUCCAACCCACCCUGUGAGACCCACGAGACGGGCACCACCAACACCGCCACUACCUCCAAUGCGGGCAGCGCCCAGCGGGUGUGCUCCAACCCGCCUUGCGAGACUCACGAGACGGGCACCACUCACACGGCCACCACUGCCACCGCCAACGGGGGUGCAGGCCAGCCCGAUGGCGGGCAGCAGCCCCCACCAGGCCACCCCUGCGAGACACACCAGACCACUUCCACUGGCACUACCAUGUCAGUCAGUGUGGGCGCCCUGCUGCCCGACGCCGCCCCUGCUCACAGGACCCUAGAGUCCGCCGUCUCCUCCCAGGCCGGUGCUUCAUUGCUGACUCCCUUCCCGACACAGAGGGUGUGCUCCAACCCUCCCUGUGAGACCCACGAGACGGGCACCACGCACACAGCCACCACUGUCACCUCCAACAUGAGCUCAAACCAAGACCCCCCACCAGCUGCCAGUGACCAGGGGGAAGCGGAGAGCACCCAGGGUGACAGCAUAAACAUCACCAGCUCCAGUGCCAUCACCACGACUGUGUCCUCCACGCUGCCCCGAGCGGUGACCACCGUGACACAGUCCACACCAGUACCAGGCCCCUCUGUGCCGAAGAUCUCAUCACUGACUGAAACUGCCCCAGGGGCUCUGACUUCCGAAGUCCCCAUUCCGGCCACCAUAACAGUGACCAUAGCCAACACAGAAACUUCUGACAUGCCCUUCUCUGCUGUUGACAUCCUGCAGCCCCCGGAAGAACUCCAGAUCUCACCAGGGCCUCGCCAGCAGCUGCCACCCCGGCAACUCCUGCAGUCUACCGCCACGCCCCUGAUGGCGGAAUCCACCGAGGUCCUGACAGCCUCCCAGACCCCUGAGCUCCAGGCCGCCGUGGAUCUGAGCAGCACGGGGGACCCAUCUUCGGGCCAGGAGCCUGCCAGCUCGGCAGUAGUGGCCACUGUGGUGGUCCAGCCGCCCCCGCCCACACAGUCUGAAGUAGACCAGUUGUCCCUGCCCCAAGAGCUGAUGGCUGAGGCCCAGGCGGGCACCACCACGCUCAUGGUGACAGGGCUCACCCCCGAGGAGCUGGCGGUGACUGCAGCAGCUGAAGCAGCUGCCCAGGCCGCAGCCACAGAGGAAGCUCAGGCCCUGGCCAUCCAGGCAGUGCUCCAGGCUGCCCAACAGGCCGUCAUGGGUACGGGGGAGCCCAUGGAUACCUCCGAGGCAGCAGCGGCCGUGACCCAGGCUGAGCUGGGACACCUUUCAGCCGAAGGCCAGGAGGGCCAGGCCACCACCAUCCCCAUUGUGCUGACCCAGCAGGAGCUGGCCGCCCUGGUGCAGCAGCAGCAGCAGCUGCAGGAGGCCCAGGCCCAGCAGCAGCACCACCUCCCCACCGAGGCCCUGGCCCCCGCCGACAGCCUCAAUGACCCAACCAUCGAGAGCAACUGUCUGAACGAGCUGGCCGGGGCUGUCCCCAACACGGUGGCCUUGCUGCCUUCUACGGCCACCGAAAGCCUGGCUCCAUCCAACACGUUCGUGGCCCCCCAGCCUGUUGUGGCCAGCCCAGCGAAGCUGCAGGCUGCGGCUACCCUGACUGAAGUGGCCAAUGGCAUUGAGACUCUGGGCGUGAAACCAGACUUGCCACCCCCACCCAGCAAAGCCCCCGUCAAAAAGGAGAACCAGUGGUUUGACGUGGGGGUCAUUAAGGGCACCAAUGUAAUGGUGACCCACUACUUUCUGCCAUCAGAAGACUCUGUCCCGUUGGAUGAUGACUCGAGCACAGUCCCUGACUAUAACCAGCUGAAGAAGCAGGAGCUGCAGCCAGGCACAGCCUACAAGUUUCGUGUUGCUGGUAUCAACGCCUGUGGCCGGGGGCCCUUCAGUGAGAUAUCGGCCUUUAAGACCUGUCUGCCUGGCUUUCCAGGAGCUCCUUGUGCCAUUAAAAUUAGCAAAAGUCCCGAUGGUGCCCACCUCACCUGGGAGCCGCCCUCAGUGACGUCUGGCAAGAUCAUCGAGUACUCUGUGUACCUGGCCAUCCAGAGCUCCCAGGCCGGAGGCGAGUCCAAGAGCUCGGCCCCGGCGCAGCUGGCCUUCAUGCGAGUGUAUUGUGGGCCCAGCCCCUCCUGCCUAGUGCAGUCAUCCAGCCUGUCCAAUGCCCACAUUGACUAUACCACCAAACCCGCCAUCAUCUUCCGCAUCGCCGCCCGGAAUGAGAAGGGCUAUGGCCCAGCCACGCAAGUGAGGUGGUUGCAAGAAACCAGUAAAGACAGCUCGGGCACCAAGCCAGCCAGCAAGCGGCCCAUGUCCUCUCCGGAGAUGAAAUCUGCUCCAAAGAAGUCGAAGGCAGAUGGCCAGUGAGAUUGAGCUGACCAGCACCUGGAUUCUCCUCCAGACCCCCUCUGCUUCAGGAAGCACCCUCCAGGGCCCUCCCCUUCCGCCCUGCCUGCCUGGCCUUUGUACUUCGCCUCACCAGCCACUGGCCACCCACCAUGCGUUCCCCUCCCGCCUCUUUUUUUACAAGAAUCGAAAGAAAGCACAUUUCAACCAUUGCUGCUGGGGGGAAGCAGAAGGCAGAUUGGAAAGAGCAGUGAGCAAGCAAGCAAGCGAGAGAGAGAGCUGGGCUCUUCCUUCCUCCCUUCUUCCUUUCCUCCCUCCUUCCCUCCCUCCUCCUCCACCCAACAUCCGCCCCAGGACUGAGUAAGACUGGAGAAUUCCAGAGACCUUGGGGGAAGAGAAAAAUUCAGAGCGGAUAGUGCCCGCUUCUCCAAGUCCAGGCCCAAUCAUGUUCUGGGGUCCUGGCCCCCCCCCGGCUGAGGGGCGAUCAGGAUCAGGGUGAGAGGCCCAUAGGAGUGAGGGGAGAGCCCCAUGCCAGCUGCCUCCUUGGAGGCCAGGUCCAGUCCUGUUACAUUAGUGCCCUUGUGUCCCGCCACCUCCCCGCCUCUCGCUUCGCCAGCCGCGUCUCACCAGGCAAACCCCCAGGAAGCUUCCACACCUCUCAGAGGCCUUUGUGUGCCCGCCUUCCCCCCACGCCCCCUUUACCAAGAGAAAAGAAAGAAGGAAAAAGCAAAAGGGAGGAAGGAGCCUGGAAGGCAAGCCUGCGCAGCGGCUGCAGAAUCCUCCAGAAUCCUCCGUGCGCCCGGAGCCAGCGCCGCUCACAACUGCUGCAUUUGUUGUAUUUUUUAAGUUGAGAUUGAAGUUAACAUUUUUAUUGUAAUUUUAGCCUUAGCGUGUGGGGUUUUUGGCCCCCCCUUUUUUGUUGUUGUUUGUUAGCUGUGUACAGAACGUGUAACUUUUUUUUUCUCUUCUUUUUUUCUCCUUGGCUAAUCUUUGACAGGGAUCUUUCUGGAGAAAACAGCGGGGGUCAGCAAGGGCAGGAGAGGUCUGGGGUCUCUCGUGUAGGAUCUGGUAGUCAAUACCCAGUCUAGUCUCCUCCAACUAACCCCUGUGCCCUUUGUCCCCAUGCCUCUGGGACAAAGAAAGGGUGAGCUUCCCCGAGAGUGAGCACUCCCCUGGAAGAGGCCUCAUCUCCCUCAGCAUCAUUGUUUCAGAAAUUGACCCUGGCUCUGGCGGCCAC